UGCUAGGACGCACUAGCCAGAAAUUAGUUCUUUGGCCAACUUUGUCACACACACACCCCUUCAACAUGCAACUCUUUGCCGUCGUCUCGUUCGCCCUGGUGGCCCUGGCCGCCGCUGAUGUUAGCCACCUGGCCAAAAACUAUCUGCCACCUCGCUCCUACUCGUCCGGUGUGGUGAGCAAGGGCUACAUCGCUCCGGCUGCCUCCUUCCAGAGCGCCUCGUAUGCUGCACCAGCUGCUGACGAAUCUUUCGAUGCGGCCAGCUAUGGCAGCGACUCCUCGGCUGUGGCUCCCGCUGCCUCCUUCCAGAGCGCCUCGUAUGUUGCUCCAGCUAAGUCAUUCGCCAGCAAGAGCUACGCUGCUCCAGCUGCCAGCAGCUUUGCCGCUGAUGCAUCGUACGUCGCUCCCGCUGCCAGCUUUGAGAGCGCUUCGUAUGCCGCCCCAGCUGCCUCGUUCGCCAGCAAGAGCUACACCGCUCCCGCAGCCUCCUUCCAGAGCGCCUCGUAUGUGGCUCCAGCUAAGUCAUUCGCCAGCAAGAGCUACGCUGCUCCAGCUGCCAGCAGCUUUGCCGCUGAUGCAUCGUACGCCGCUCCCGCUGCCAGCUUUGAGAGCGCCUCGUAUGCCGCCCCAGCUGCCUCGUUCGCCAGCAAGAGCUACAGCGCACCCGCUGCCAGCUUCGUCGGCGACGCGUCAUAUGUUGCCCCAGCUGCCAGCUUCCAGAGCGCCUCGUUCGCAGCUCCAGCCGUCAAGUCGUACGCCGCCCCAGCCGCUAGCUUCGUCGGCGAAUCGUCAUACGUUGCUCCCGCUGCCACCUUCGAGAGCGCCUCGUACGCUGCUCCCGCUCCCGUUGCCGCUGCCAGCUACAGCGCACCUGUGGUGAGCUACUCCGGCAUUGACACCACCUACGGCUCCAACGGCGGCUACGUCUACAAGCGCAACUAAGUUAACGCCAAGAACGCUUCAAAUCGAUA